GCCGUACGACCUCACGACAAAGCGAAACAAACACGGCAAAAUGGAACAUGAACGCGGUACCAACGAACCAUAUAAGGAAGAUAGCCUUGACGAAAAUGCUACAGACGACGACGAAGACAUUGACAAUCAAGAAAUAAACGCUGUUGACGCAAACGAACCAUUGGUCGUUGCUGAAGACGUUCCCCCACGACCUCAAGCGCCUAUCCCCCCCGCACCGUUAUUCACUGAAGCCAUUGAUGCCCCCGGAAAUGGGGGUCCUAGUUUCCCUUUUGCUGGAGAGGAACAGGGAGAGGAAGAACGCGCGGCUAACGAGGACCUUGAAGGUGUCUUGGAAGCUAUUGGAAUGAGGGGAUCCCCGUGGAUGCUGUUUCAGAAUUCAGCACUUAUGGCAGUAUUAAUAACAUUAUGUUUGGCUGGUGCAAUAUGGAUACCAUACAUUGUUGGAAAGUCUGUGCUAUUGGUUAAUCCGUUCAAAUUAAUAGAGCUACCUCUUUCA